AGCCGCGCUGCCGCCGCCAUGAGCGCGGAGCCGGAGCCGGGCCCGGGGCCGGGAGUAGGGCUGGACCCGGACCCGGCGCCGGGGCCCGCGCUGGACCCCGAGCCCCCCGGGCACCGCGAUCCUGCGGGCCCGGGGCCCGGCGCGCCCGGGGGGCUGUUCGCGUGGCUGCGCGGGCGCUGCCUGGGCCGCGGCGCCGCCGUGGACCCGGCGCGGGACACGUUCGGCGCCAUGACCGGGCUGUACGGCGCCAUCCAGCCCGCCGACUCCGUGUCCCUCAGCACCCGCACCCACGGCGCGGUCUUCAACCUCGAGUACUCGCCCGACGGGUCGGUGCUGACUGUCGCCUGCGAACAGACCGAAGUCCUGCUCUUUGACCCAAUAUCCUCAAAGCACAUCAAGACUCUCUCUGAGGCCCACGAAGACUGUGUAAACAACAUCAGGUUUUUGGAUAACCGACUGUUUGCGACGUGCUCCGACGACACAACGAUUGCACUCUGGGACUUGAGGAAGCUGAACACCAAAGUUUGCACUCUGCAUGGCCACACCAGCUGGGUCAAGAACAUUGAGUACGACACGAACACGAGGCUGUUGGUGACGUCGGGCUUCGAUGGAAACGUGAUCAUCUGGGACACCAACAGGUGCACAGAGGAUGGAUGUCCCCACAAGAAGUUCUUUCACACCCGCUUUCUCAUGCGAAUGAGGCUGACGCCAGACUGUUCCAAAAUGCUCAUCUCCACCUCCUCGGGUUACCUUCUGAUUUUGCAUGACCUUGACCUAAACAAGUCCUUAGAGGUUGGCAGCUACCCGAUUUUAAGAGCCAGGAGGACCACGUCGAGCUCAGACAUAACGUCAUCUGGCUCCUCCGGCCCUCGAGCUGUGGGUUCACCCUGUCACCAGCAUGACUCCGGUCCACUUUCUGAGAAACACUUGUCACGGUCCUCCCAGCGAGAAGGUGGAUCACCCAGGAAUAGCUUGGAGGUGUUGACACCAGAGGUUCCUGGAGAAAGAGAUCGUGGGAACUGCAUCACGUCGCUGCAGCUGCACCCCAAGGGCUGGGCCACACUGCUCCGGUGCUCCAGCAACACCGAUGACCAGGAGUGGACUUGUGUCUAUGAAUUCCAGGAAGGAGCCCCGGUGCGCCCCGUGUCCCCGCGCUGCUCCCUGCGGCUGACGCACUGCAUUGAGGAGGCCAACGUGGGCCGGGGGUACAUCAAGGAGCUCUGCUUCAGCCCCGACGGCCGCAUGAUCUCGUCCCCGCACGGCUUCGGCAUCCGCCUGCUGGGCUUCGACGCGCAGUGCCGGGAGCUGGUGGACUGCCUGCCGCGGGAGGCCAGUCCCCUGCGCGAGAUCCGCUCCCUGUACUCCCACAACGAUGUGGUGCUCACCACCAAGUUCUCCCCCACGCACUGUCAGAUCGCCUCGGGGUGCCUUAGUGGACGCGUCUCCCUCUACCAGCCCAAGUUCUAGGCACGGCAGCGGGGGCCUGCGCCUGGAUGGUCAUGGGUUGUACUUCAGCUCUCUCCAAAACCUCUCGCUCUGGAUGGGAUCUCGGUUACUGUGGUCUUGGAACACGGCUCUGGAAGGAUUUUCCAACCCAGCACCGUGCGGAUCUUCCUCCUGCACCCACGAGCCUGCGGCCGUGUCCCAGAGCCAGUGGAGUUCUGCUGCUGCUCGUCCCGUGCCAUCGAGUUGCUGUCCUGCUGUGUUUGUACCCUGAUACUUGAUCAUUUCCUUUAGUGCAACUGGAAUGGGCUGUUUGAGACAAUGCAGAGGGGGCCCGGGUGCCUCCUGUCCCAUAGGAGCUGGACUCUGCCUGACCUCUCCUUCCUUCUCUGUUGCUGAAGCAACUUGGUGGUGAUUUGUAGAUAAUCAGCUGCUUGACUACAUAAGCAACACAGUUACUGACAUAAAAAAAAAAAAGGAAAAGGAAAUUUUACUUUCAUUUCUAUAUGAAUUUGGUUGUGAUUGGCUAGAAAAAUGAGUCACAGAGUGGCUCGGGGUGGGAGGGACCACUGAAGCUCACCCAGGCCCCCCCCCUUGCAGGCAGGCCCUCCUCGAGCCCCUCACUCAGCGCUGCGGAAGACCCUGACCCAGAGGAACUCUGAUGGUUUGUGCAGUGGGGCAGCUCUGGCUCCUCCUCUGCUGGGUUUCUGUUGUAGGGAGUUUUCCGCAUCAUCCCACAUCUGAAACACUAUGGUUUUCUGCUGAUGUUGGGGUGUUUCCCAGCUGGCUGUUUUUCCACACCUUGCCUGCACUCUGGCUGUGGGAGGAAUUAAUUCGGAUGUGUCCAUAGUACCACCAGGUGAGCCUUCCUUCACGUGUGCUCUCAGUCUGGGAGGAGUUUAGAAACAAACUGGUCAACAGUGAGAUCUGUCUGGAUCUAACCAGGCUUUAUCAGCAGGUGUGGAACACUGUAACAUUCAUCCUGGUGAAGGGUCUGCAGGGGAAACCUUAUGAGGAAGGGCAGAGGGCACUUGGUUUAUUCAGCCUGGAGGAGAUUGAGGAGGGGCCUCAUUGGGGCCAUCAGCAUCCUCCCAAGGGGUAGUGGAGGGGCAGGUACUGAUCUCUGCUCUCUGUGAGCAAUGACAGGACCCAAGGGAACAGCUGGAGCUGUGUCAGGGAGAUUUAGGUUGGAUAUUAGGAAAAGGUUCUUCCCCAAGAGGGUGGUCAGGCAUUGGACAAGUGGUCAUGGCCCCAAGGCUGCCAGAGCUCAAGGAGUGUUUGGACAACACUCUCAGGGACAGGGUGGGAUUGUUGGGGUGUCCUGGGCAGGGCCAGGAGUUGGACUGGGUGAUCCUUUUGAGUCCCUUCCAACUCAGUGGAUUCUGUGAUCAUACCCAAAGUACAAAUGUCAGGUUUCAGCCCCCGAGUUAAUAGAGACAACCUUGUAAAUGCAUAGGUAUUUCAGUCCACAUCAGUUAUAAUCUUUUCGCUUACGUGUUCCAAGAUCAGGUUUUUUUUUAGUAUUUCACUAAAGUUUCACUGAUCAGUCACACACUCAGUUCAGAAGGGAACUUCAGAACUUUACCUGAAAGGACUGUCAGCUUUUGGUGUUCAGGUUCACUGUCUGUGGCUCGACAGAGCACACUUGUUCAAAGCUGACUUUUACAAAGCCUUUUGCAAAACACGUUUGGGGAUAAAAACAACAUUUCUGGAGGUAAGAGAGCUGGAAGCAUAAGCCUGAGAAACCUCCCGUAGCUUUGGAUUUGUGCAGGCAGCAUAGCAUACCCUGGUGGUGCUGGAGAAAUUAUUGAACUUAAGGCUCUUCUGCAUUAUGAGAGAAAAAAGUCUUAAAUUUCCUGCUGUGGAGAAUUUCUUUGGUAAUAGGAAGCCUUCAGUAUUUGGUGUUUGGUAAUCUGAGGGCAAACGUCCCUUCUGCUGGCACCCAGCCUCUGUGAGCCUGAGCCUGCACCUGGGCACGUGGGUUGUUGGAGCAGCUCAGGGUCAACUUCCUGGGCUGUGGGUUAAUGCCCUGGGAGGGAAGUGUGCAGGAAACCCAGGGACAGCUGUGGGAUACAAGACUCUUAUGCAAAGAAGGAGCUACAAGGAGUUUGUAAUGGGCCAAGCUGUCUGGGGAAAAAACAGGUCCUGCCCCAGACCACUGUGGCUUUUCCCUGGGCAGUUCUCUCCCACUGCCAGGCUGCUUUCUCACCUUAUUUGGUGUUUUCUUACACGUCAUGGAAGGGACUACAGGGACAUUCGAGGGAGUUUCACAGUUCUCAUGGACUUGCACAGUGUUUGUUUUGGAGGUGAAGGACCACCUGUGGAAUCGAAGCAUUUCUUGGGUGGGUCUGUCUGUCUGCUUUCAAGGCUGUUUUUGUUCUUUCCUCUUGGAACUUCCUCGGACUGGUGGAUCUCUAGUGACUGUAACGCUAUGCCUGUGAAUAUGCACUGAGUGUUUUUUAAUUCUACCUCAUGAUAUGCUGUGUUUUACACCAGUAUUGUGCUGAGCAUUGGACACUCACCUUUCUGUAUGAAGAACUGUUACCCCAAAGUGACACGUCACCACACCUUGAUACGACCUGUGGUGGGCUGAGUGGCCCUACCCGGCUCUGGGACCGACAGCUCACCUGGUGAGGGGGUUUGGUCACCUUGAUGCUUUUGUAGCGUGUCCAGCAGAUGCAUAAAACAACUGAAUCUGUACAUGUAUGCUGUAGAAAUGUUACUUUGUCCUUCUGAUGACAUUUGUAAUAAGUUUGAAUUAGAGUAACUAGGUAGUCUUA